AUGGAGACGGCCGCAAAGGAUGCCGAGCAGCUCCAGAGACCAGACGCCGGUGCGGAAGCCGUGCACAAGGUGGAGACGCGUCCCUUCAACUCGACGGGAAGGAAGUGUUACCGGUGCCACGGGAAAAAUCACAGUUCUGAGAUGUGCUACUUCAAAGACGCGAAAUGCCACGGCAAUGCAGAUGGACUGUCAAGAGUCCCUUUACCAGAGACAAGUGAUGCCGGCACAGCUGCUAUCUCGGAGAGCAUUCAUGCACUGUUAGCAGAGCACCUAGAACAAGCACCCGUGGAUGCUGACCAGGUGGCACGCGCCACACGGACAGACUGCGUGCUGUCCAAGGUCCUGAAAUUCAUCAUGAAUGGCUGGCCGGCGAUCGUGGAUUCUACUCUGAAAGCCUUCCACUCACGCCGAUAUGAACUGUCCACUGAACGGGGAUGUGUCCUAUGGGGCACCAGGGUCGUGCUACCAGAGAAACUGAGAAAGCUCGUCAAAAAGGAGCUGCACUCGGGACACCCGGGUAUAGUAAAAAUAAAAGCUCUCGCACGCAAGUACGUGUGGUGGCCCAAGAUUGAUGAAGAUCUAGAACAGGUAUGCAAAGCCUGCGAGCCUUGUCAGUUGGAACAACGGAAGCCUCGGCAGGUACCAUUACAUCCAUGGGAGUUUCCAGGCCAGAGCUGGAAAAGACUACACAUAGACUUUGCAGGCCCCUUCCUAGGUCACACUUUCAUGAUAGUGGUGGAUGCAUACUCCAAGUGGCUGGAGGUGUUCAGAAUGCCAUCCCUCACCUCACAAGCCACCAUCACCAGACUGCGUAGGCUGUUUGCAGCAUACGGCCUUCCGGAGCAUGUUGUUACAGAUAACGCAACGCAGUACACGUCUGAGGAAUUCAAAACCUUCAUGAGGCAGAAUGGAAUUCUACACUCCACCAGUGCCCCGGGUCACCCUGCUAGCAAUGGUCUCGCCGAAAGGUAUGUGCAAACAUUUAAAAAUGGAAAUAAGAAACUUGGACAGACUUCCAUGGAUAUAGAGGACAAGAUCUCUGUGUUUCUAAUGCAAUACCGCUGUACUCCUAACUGUACUACAGGCCAGUCGCCUACUGAUUUGUUUCUGAACAGGCACAUGCGCACCCGCCUGGACCUGAUUCAUCCUGACACAGCGCUCACAGUUCGAAAGAAGCAGUACAUGCAGAAGUUCUACCAUGAUCGGCGAGCAGUGAGUAGAUCUUUUUCUCAGGAUGACCCUGUGUAUCUUCAAAAUACAGCAGGGGGAAGAGAGAAAUGGAUUCCAGGAGUGAUAAUGAAGCAAACAGGACCAGUGUCUUACAGAGUUCAGGGGACAGACAGAGACAUUACCUACAGGAGACAUGGGGAUCAGUUGCGGUCUCGUGUCGCAGCCGAGGAGCUGGAUCUGAAUACGGACUGUACACCUGCUGACCUUGCCGACCAGCCCACAUCCGACCAGCCCAGUGAGAAGCUGGACAUGCCAGCAGAUGAUGGUCCCCUGCACAUGGACAGCGAGGUGCCCGCUGCCUCUCCAGACCUGCGUCGCUCGGGCAGAGAACGGAAGCCGCCUGAGCGUUAUGUUCCUUAA